UGUUUUGGAGGAAGUGAGAGGAGAAAAGAGAAAGAGAAACAUACCGCACAGAAGAAGACCCUGCGGAUAGCGCAGAGAAACGGUUCAUAUUCACUUUUUUUACUGCGGAAACACGGCAGCACAAUCCAUUUGCGGUCGAGAAAAGAAGAAGGCAGAAAAGAAACGCAGUGUACACUGCUAGCUGUCUAGCUAUCGGUCCGCCGUGCAAGGCAGGAAAAAAUUGAAUUUAUCAUUUCUGUACUUUCUACGAUAAAUAAUCAAACGGUGCUGAGACAGUGACUGAAGAUUACAGAUAUAAUUGCCGUUUACACUGAAACAUUCUUCCAGAACUGCUGGAAUUGUAAGCCGUGAAGAGAUGACGUCCAGGAAGAAAGUGCUGCUCAAAGUCAUCAUCCUAGGAGACUCGGGAGUUGGGAAGACUUCUCUGAUGAACCAGUAUGUGAAUAAAAAGUUUAGUAACCAGUACAAAGCCACAAUAGGAGCCGAUUUCCUGACGAAAGAGGUGAUGGUGGACGACAGACUCGUAACGAUGCAGAUCUGGGACACAGCUGGACAGGAGCGUUUCCAGUCCUUGGGUGUGGCGUUCUACCGAGGGGCAGACUGCUGCGUGCUUGUAUUCGACGUGACUGCACCUAACACUUUCAAGACCCUGGACAGUUGGAGGGAUGAGUUCCUGAUCCAAGCCAGCCCCCGUGACCCAGAGAACUUCCCCUUUGUGGUGCUCGGCAACAAGAUUGACCUGGAGAACAGACAGGUGACGACCAAGCGAGCGCAGGCUUGGUGUCAGAGCAAGAACAACAUCCCGUACUUCGAGACCAGCGCCAAGGAGGCCAUCAAUGUGGAGCAGGCCUUCCAGACCAUCGCCCGCAAUGCUCUGAAGCAGGAGACGGAGGUGGAGCUGUACAACGAAUUCCCGGAGCCCAUCAAACUGGACAGAAACGAGCGAGCUAAGCCGUCAGCAGAGACCUGCAGUUGCUGAAGGGCCAGGACCCCCAGGGACCCCCUCUGUCCUUUCUGAUCCUAUCUGGCCUUCUGAAAACUCCCCGUCCCCUGCCCAAAGCAUCACUGGCCUUCACAAGUACUUUAUUGUGGUAGUAGUGAGAGCAAGCUUCUUCUCACAAGACACACCCCACCACACACACACACAUUUGCAAGAAUGCAUAUGCGCAUACACACACAUGCAAGCAUGCAUGUACACAGACCUGUUAUAGUACAUGAAUUCAAAGCCCAAAAAGCACUAGGAAAGGAAUCACAGAAUGUACUCCUGACAGUUUUUAAAAUAAUAUUUCUCCCUUUAACAUCACAGAGCUUCACCCCUCCCCGCAUUCACCUUCAAGUACCUUGUAGGAUUUAAACUCCAUCCUCCCUUCACAUAAACCCAUGCACACACACAUGCACACACACACGCACCCCUCCCCCUUGUAACAAUUAGUGAGGCUUCUAGGUUUCAUCGUUCACUUCCAGUGUAAAAGUGUUUGUUAAGGCUGAUGAGUUACUGAUAUCAUUGUGCAAAAGGAGCUUGUGUGGGCUUCAGUUUACGUUACUCCAAUUUACAAGAUCAUUUGUAAAUUUACUUGAUGGUUCCGAAAAAUGAAUAAUUGCACUUGUCUGUUUUAACUAGCUUGAGUAAAAUUACAAGCCAAUCAUGAGAGUAUUGAUAAAUUUUCUUUGCACUUUGUUAUCUCGUACAUUUAUUUAAAAUCCUUUAAAAGAAAAACCCUUGUUUUGGGAACUGCAACUGAACUUCCACAUGAAUUCAAUGCUUCACCAGCUCUGCACAGCUCCACACUGCCCUCUACCAGCCAGUGUGAGAGCUACAGCCAGGAUCACCACUCCUCCUCCUCGUCCUUCCCUCCCCUCAACCUUCCUCCAGCAGCAGAUGAUGGAGACCCGUCUCCAGCACACCAAAGUGUCCUCACCUCCUCUAGCUGUCAUUCUGCUGAUAAACCUGGAACCGAAGGGAAAUUAAUGAAACGCAGAUGAAAACAAUAAUAGGAUAAGUGGGGCGGGGAAACUGAAGAGCAAUGUUCUGAUUGUUCAUAGAAUUAUUAAUACUACUUACCACUACUGCUGUUGCUAGUACUACUCUGUCUUGUUUGUUC